AUGGCGCUCUCGGCGUCUCGACUCGCGCACUGUGCCGCGUCGUCGACCGGUCGACGCGUCGCCGCGCUUCGUUUACACCCACUUCCGGAUCCGCCCGCGCCCGCGGUGACGCGACACUUGGUCGUGGACGUCGCGGGCGGGACGUGCUCGGUGGCGACGUACCUCGCGCGCGAGCUCGAGUGUGAGGGCGUGGACGAGGCGUACGCGCGCGAGCUCGUGGACUUUGGCGCGGUGUGGUUCGCGGAUGCACCGCCCCCGAGGUCGCUCAGAGGGGUCCCGGGAGACGCGCGGGCGCGGAGGUUGGUUGCCGCGGAGAACGAGCGCGCGUUGCGGGACGGAAACUAUCUGCGCGUGCACGUGUCGCCGAAGCGGUUUCCUGAGGCGCAUUCCACGGUGUGGGAGCGGUGUGUGCUGAAGAGAGGGGACGGAUUCGUCGUGGCGCAUAAACCGGCGAGGGUGAGCGUGACGCCGACCGUGGAUAACGUGCGCGAGUCGUGUCUGGCCAUGUUGGAGAGGGCGAUGGGACUGAGAGAGGGGACGCUGAAACCGGUGCACAGGCUGGAUGUGGGCACAGAGGGGGUGCUCGUGCUGGCAACGACGAGCGCUUUCGCGAAGGAGUUUGGUGAUAUGCUCGCGAAGCGAUCGGUCACCAAGCUGUAUCGAGUGUUGACAUCGAGAGCGGUCGAGACCGGCAUACACAUACACGAUGCAGAGCCGGCAACGGAGGGACCGAGAAAAAUGAUUUUGACCGAGGUGAGGACGGCAGACGUCGCGAGUGAGAUUGAAAAGGUUAUGGUUCGAGGUGGGGGCGAGCGCGGUGGCGUGAGCGUACCAAAGCGCUGUAUUUUGCGCGUGAUUGAGUGUAAAGAAGUCGGCUCAGGAUAUUUUGAGACGACGGUCGAGCUAUUAACGGGACGUACACACCAAAUCAGAGCACAGUUCGCCGCCUUAGGAUCGCCACUAGUGGGGGAGACUUUGUAUCGCGCCCCGGAUGAUGACGGUGACGUUCGCGUGCAGAAGCCAGACGAAAGGUUGGGCCUACAAGCUUCAGAGUUGCACAUCCACAGCGAGUGCUCUUUAGGACCUGCGGGAACUGUAUUACGAGCGCUCGAGCCGUGGUGGACGCGCGAACGCUUCAUAGUCGGUAUCUAG